CGGAUGCUGGAUGCUCUCGCGGACCGCGCGGACCAGUUGGCCGGCCGCGCUCGGAGCGUGAGGUCCCCCCUGUGCCGGCGUCGUGCGUGCGUGCGUGUGAGUGCGUGUGUGUGAGUGCAUCCGACAAGUGUGUGUGCGUGACCCGACGGACGGACUCUGAUUGUGUGCGUGUCCGCGGUGCCCCGGCUGCCCCUGGCCGGCAGUGUCAUGUGGAUUAGUGAACUCCGGCCGGUGUUCGACGCGUUCGACGCGCCCCUCUCGGACCCCUAGAUAUGACAGCAGUGCGACCGCAGACCGAGGCCCAGAAUGUGGCUGUGGUUGACCGGAGUCUGACUGCAGGGAACCCUCAUCGAAAUGGCCUCGAAGCGGAAGUCACCGCCCACCAAGCUGCAGGAGUUGGUGGAGUUGGUUCCGCUGUGUGAGGCCAGCGUCAACGCCGUCAACGCCCUUUUCGCCAAGGGCGUCGAGCUAGACCACCAUGAGAUCCCCGCCAAGAGGAAGCGAUCCGGAGACGACGAGGACAGAGCCACCUCCUCGCCGACGACGCCCGUGGACAAGUGCGCGCCGGGCCUCAACAACAACAACAACUCCAUCACCAACAACAACAUCCACAGCAAGAGGAGCAUGGACCACGUGCUCAAGAAGCUCACCUUUAAAAUGAUGAAGGACGACAUGGAGGCCGUCACACCUGAGGACCACCUGUGUCCGCCCGAGGAACCCAACGACGAGACGGCGGCCUCGAUGCAGCUGCGGGAACGCCAGCUCGCGGCCAUGCUGCGGCAGCUCCAGGUGAGCACACUGCUAGCUCGCACUGCCGAGGCGAAGCAGAGCGUCUCGCCGUGCCCGGCCGCGCCGAAGUCCCGUAGUUUGGCAAUCAGAAAGCACUCGCUCGCCGGCGCGUCCAGAUAA